UUUGAAAUAGGUGAAAGUGAAAAUCAUCGAGAAAUAGCGGAAAAAGUGUCGAAAAGCGAAAAUACCGAGUGAUUUGAGCAGCAGGAGGACGAAAGCAUCAGGAAAAGCGAGAACAGAGGACUCUAGGAGGACGAAGACGGCGAUAAAACCUCGCGCAGGUGCGCGACCUGGGACCGACUAGACGGGCGAGUCAACGGACGGGCACAGUGGUCCAAAACGAAAAUCGGUAUCGUAUAAAAAGAGUAAAAAAGACUAGUACAUAGGAUUAAUAGAGAAAAUAUCAAAAAAGGCGAAAUAAAGUUAGUAGGCUUAGAAUAGAUAAUAAGUAGUCGUAAGUUGCAGAAUGUCACAGAUAGUAUCCAGAAAGCAGUACAGCACGAUGAAAACAGGGACGGCUGCAAAGACGGUGACAAACCGAAGCGGAGCCCCGGCAGCAGCAGCCCCGAAAGCAAACCAACAACAAAGAAGCUCACAGCGAAUUCAGCAAAAGAAGGACACGGGCCCAAACCAGAGAAACGGACAAAUCAGCGAAUCGUGGAACUCGGAAGUAGUGUAUCUCGAAGCAACAGAACCGGAGCAGAACAACUACGGGCACCCCGUCGAAGUAGGCAAGGCGCUGACAGACAAGGGAAUACGGAAGAUCAAAGAUAUUCAACAAAUCGGACGAUUCAGGUUCAAGAUCACCUUCGAAACAGCAAAAGAAGCCACCCCUCUGGUACUCACCAACCUGGAAGACGUGGGACUAAGAAUCUACGUACCACACAUCGAGAAAGAAAUCAUAGGACUGGCGAAGGGGGUUCCACUACGUUACAGCGAAGCCGAAAUAUUCGAAAAUCUGCAAGUAGCCGGAGAAGUCAUCAGUGUGGAGCGCAUGAAAAGGAAAAGCAAUCAAGGAAACCUAGUGGAUACAAAAAUGGUGAGGAUAAAGUUCAAAGGAAAAGCUCUGCCGGAGACAGCGGUGUUGUACGGAUGGAGAUUCGUUCCGGAGCUCUACAUCUUUCCGAUGAAACAAUGCAAAAAUUGCUGGAGGUUCGGGCAUAAGACAGGAGCAUGCAGGAAAAACACGAAAUGUGCCAACUGCGGAAACACGCACGACAGCGAGGUGGAAUGCGCGGAACAAACCAGCUGCCUAAACUGUGGGGGGAACCACCGAUCCGACGACCGAAGAUGCCCUGAACGAAAGAAGCAAAUGAAGGUGAAUGAAGCGGUCCAGAAGAGAAGGAUAACACAACAGGAAGCGAACGAACUGCUAGCCAGAAGAGACCCGAGACACGAGAACCAAUUCGAUCUGCUGAGAAGGUACGAGGAGUUCCCGGAACUAGCCGAAGACAACGAGCACGAGAUGACCAACGCUUGGAGAGGAGGAUGGAAGCCACACCAAGGAAGGAAGAAUAAUCAACGGAAAGGAGCCAGGAGACGACGCAGAAGCUCAUCGAGCGCCGGCUCUGAAACAUCGAGCAGAAGGGACGAUACAUCAAGAGACAGGACAGAGAUAGGAAAACUGACAAGAAAAGUCGAAGAGCUAGGGAAGAGGCUUGGGGCAAGACACUGGAAGAGGAUCAACGUGAUAGGAAGAAUCAUAAGACUGCAAAAAGGAGUGGAAGAAGAAUGUCAACAGCAACAAGACGAAACCAGCAUGGAGGCGCUGAUCAUCAGAAUCAACACGGUACUGAAGGAAAUCGUCACGGAAUUCGGGAAAAACAUAACAGAAACUGAGAACCAUACAGAAAACGAGAAUAACAACAACAGCAGAAAUGGACAAGAACAUUAA